AUGAGCAUCAACAAGUACGGAAACACUGUGGGUGCAGCGAGUGAGGAAGAUGAUGAAGAGGAAUAUGUCAACGCAGAAAUCUUCGUCAAUAAGAGCAAAGAUGAAGACAUGAAAAAAGGAUGCCAUGCAAGCAUGUAUGUGAAAAGGGAGAAACUUACCACAAAAAGUUAUUUUGAAAAUGUCAGCAGUUAUGAAUGGAUACCCUGUGCCAAGAUCCUGACUUGACAUCCAGGCAAGUAACUCAAAUGUUUGUAUUCAUCCUCAGGAAUGCUCCAGGAGCCAUGAACAAGUGUGGAAACAACCAAGGUGAAGGACCAGAGGCAGGUGAGGAAGAUGAGGACAUCUAUGAAAAUCCAGAUACCUUCACAGGGAUGGAUGAUGCUGAAGAUAUGUAUGAUGAAGACAAUUAG